AUGUCAGAGUCUCUUUUCAAAGAGGCUCUCCAGAGCCUCUCCAAGAAGGGUGUUGCGCACAUCAAGUGUGCCGGAGCCGACCUCCAUGAUCAUCAGCUGCAGCUGCUCAUCACCGCGAUCGAAAACUCACCUUCUAAACCGGAAAUCAUUGAUGUUUCCAACAACAAUAUUACCGCCGCUGGGGUGGCAUAUCUGAUGCGUUACCUGCCGACGGCGUCAGUUGAAGCAGUGGACCUUCGCAAUAAUCAGAUCGACGAAGAUGGUGCCCUCACAUUCUUUCCACUGUUCGAAAAAAAGACGUCGGUCAAGCUUCUUGACCUGCGAAACAACUCUUGCAGCGCUGCGACGGCGUCCCGUCUCUACUAUUUGAGCAAAACAGAGAAGUGCACUGAUGACGUGCGCUCUGCGCUACUUACUGGGAGCGCACAGCACAUUUCUUUCUCUGGGAUGACCUACUGCGAACUGGAAAAAGAGCUAUUGCGGUUCCUCCUCCACAUAGAGGGCCUGCAGAGCGUUGAUUUCAGCGGCAUGGACCUUGGCGUUGCAGGUAUGAUUACAGUCGGUACCUUUCUGAAAGACACGCAAGUGGCUGCGGUUUCUUUCCAGAACUGCAGGUUGACAAAUGACUCCGUGCUGAGCUUUUUCCAAGCUGCUGACCUCGCAAAUCAGCGCUACCCGAACAGCUUUGACUUUUCUUCGAACGUCGGGCUAACAAACGAUCUUGUGCGGAAGCUCAUUCCGACCACAUUUGAUCAGAGCCACUGCAUCACCAAUUUCGUGCUCACUAAAUGCUCAGUCACACCAACGUAUGUCCGUCUGGUUCAGAAGGAGUGCGAGCUGAACCAAGAGAAUCUUUCCAUCAAGCAUGCGGUCGUCGCCCUCCGAAACAAUUCCUCUGCUGCGCAAGAGAUCAAUCUUCAGUGGGAUGGGCCGGUACCCAUGUGCAUGAAGUACCUCGCUGAUUACAUCGCAGACAGUUUGGUUAUUCAGCACCUCAACAUCAGCAACAGUUUGAUUGAUGACGCAGGGCUGGAGUUGUUGUCGGUCGCGCUUCAGAAGAACACCUCCAUCAAGGUGAUCGAAUUGGCAAACUGCUGCAUCACGGCUACUGGUAUUCAAAAACUCUUUGCUGUGCUGGAAAAAGGCGCCAGCCUGGUGGAGGAGGUCAACAUUGCCAACAACAAUCUCGAUGAGGGCAGCGUCCAGUUCAUCACAGCCGCCCUCCGCGCAAAUCCGAGGCUGAAAAUUCUGAACAUCAAUGUAAACCCUGCCAUUUCCGCCGCUUCCAUCCAGGAAAUUGCCGGGCUCGCCAUGGUGAAUCGUGCCCCGCCGCGAAUCCGCUCAGUAUUGCCUUUGAUCGAGAACAACAGCAAGGAUGUGGUCGUGCUUGAUUUUUCUGGCAAAGAUGUCACUCUCGAUGAUGACUCUGUGUGGCUUCUUGCCCAGGCGCUUCGGCUUAAUUCGACUGUACGGCGGCUUAACCUGUCACACAACUCGUUUGGUGACACGGGUGCCUCGUUCCUUGCGGGCUACCUUGCCGACAACCGCACAAUUGUGGAGCUGAACCUCUCCAGCUGCAUGAUCGGGAACCGGGGCGCUCAAAACCUUUGUGAGGCACUUGCAACGAAUGGAGGACUGCAGUCGUUGGAUUUGUCGAAUAACAUGAUGGAUACGGAUUCUCUGAGCGCACUUCCACUGGUGCUACGCGAGAACACCGCGCUGCGUGAGUUCAAGCUAGAGCGCACCCGUGUUGCCCCCGAGUUUGUUGAGCAAGUAAAGAUGACGUGCUCUCUUAACCGCGAGUGUGCCGCAGUGAAGCGCGUCUUCUACCGUCUCAAUGAUGGGGAUGCAUCUCUCACAAAAAUCGAGCUCUCCAACCCUGAUGAAGAGCGUGUCAUUGACGACCAAACCGUCUCCACCAUCUGUGCCGUUUUGAGGAACAACACGUCUGUGGAGGUAAUUGACCUGAGUGGCAACCGUAUCGGUAGAAUGGGUUGUUCCGCACUGGCUGCGACACUAUCAGAGUGCACGUGCAAAGUGAGAAAGAUCAUUUUAUCCAAAAACCCGAUCGAUGAUGAUGCCGCGGCAGAAUUGGCGACAUGUUUUCCGAAGGUCAAUAUGCUUCGUGAAGUUAUUUUAUAUGACACCAACAUCACUAAAAUCGGCAUGGAGGCCCUUGCCAAGGGCCUCGAGGAGAACACCAGCAUUGUGUGGAUUGGAAUCACUGAUGACGACACAGCUGAUGGGAACACGUCGCUGCUGAUGCGCAACCUCGCCUUGAACAGCGGCCCGGCGGCUCUGAAGCGUAUUUCCCUUUCCAUUGAUGCUGGCGUUGCUGUCGACGACGUCGAUCUGAGCCGCCCUGUGGACUGCUCGAUCGAUGAUUCGUUGUGCAAGUUCUUGUGUGCGAGCUUGGCGCGCUGCCCAACGCUGCGGUCUCUGAAAUUGUCGCACAACACGAUUUCUUCAGCUUCUGUUCCGUACAUUCUGGAGAUGGUGGAUAUGUGUCCUUUGCUGGCGUCGCUGGAUUUAUCGGACAACCAGAUUGAUGAGUGUGGUGCCCAGCAAAUUAUCGCUUGCUUGGAGCGUGUUUCCCACCUUCGCAGCGUAAAUUUUACCGGGAACUUGUUCUCCACCGAAAGUUUGGAGCAUAUUGCUCAACUGGCUGCGUUGAACAUGGGUUCUGAAGUACUCAAGAGACUGUACCUGACAGCGACGCGCGGCGAAGAGCUGCCCAGUGACAUCGAUCUUAACGGAACCACAAACUCCUACAUGCUGACGGAUGAGGAGGUGCUUGUUCUUGCCGGGCUUUUGCAGAACAGCAGCAGUGUGAAGUCACUGGAUCUUGGCAGCAACAGUUUUGGUGAUGAGGGUUGCGUCGCAAUUGCCGAGGUACUGCGUUUCAAUCACACAAUCGAGGCGCUAAACCUCGCAGGAAAUCCGAUUGGCUCGAAAAGCGGUGAGGCACUGCACUUUGCCCUUAAGAUCAACCCGCAGCUGCAGCAUCUGGAUUUGGAAAAGACGGCUAUCCCUCGCGACGUCUUGGAGAGUAUUUCGAGUCUGCUCCACGUCAAUCAAACACCUUAUCGUGCAGUGAUCGACAUGCGUGGCGUGAAGCUUCAUGAGGUGAAUGAUGAGACCCAGUUUCGCUCUACCGACUACUAUGUAUCUCAGACGGUCACCCUUGAGGACGACGCCAUUGAAGGCUGCAGACGGUUGGAGGUAAAACUGAUUGAGUAA